AUGGUGUUUCGACACAGGUUCCAAUGUGCAUUUGACCGGUGGUCGCUCUCUCGUUGUUCAUCUCGAAGAAAUUCGCCCAGGAAGUAUUGGUGCAAAUAUCGUUGGUGUGGCCGCCACGACGCUAACUCGCGCGUCCAGCAUUGUCGAGGGGAGAUCAUCACUCAGGUGGGCGACACCGAGGCUGAGUUCUUUUUGGACCAUGUACUGUACGUGGAAGGCGCGUUACACGGGCUGUUUUCGAUGCAUCUCGCAAUUACCAAGCAGAAGUUCGAUAUCUCGUACGAUCGAGCAGCAUCGACAUUCACGUCCAGCGGAUGCUCCGCGACGCCCAAGUGUACCGCGUGUGAUCGUCAAUCACACGAUCGCGGGCGGUGUGGCCAAACUCGAGCAGUGACACUACCGGACUGGACACACGAAUGCUCAGUAUAUCAAGUUCAUGGCGGAUCGUGGACUCGUGCGCGGCAUGAUGAUCACGAACAGGGAACUUAA